CCCGCCCCCGGCUAUAAAGCACCUGCCCCCAGGUGCGAGUUGGGGAGGAGCCGCCAUGGCCCGGAAGGGCCGAUCACUGAGCGCCAGCAGCCGGGACCCCCCCGCCUGGAGGAGAUUCCAGCUCCCCCUGGCCAGCUCCCCCGAGGCACCGGCCGGGACUGGCAUGGCCGCAGUGUGGCAACAGGUGCUGGCAGUGGACGCGAGGUACAACGCCUACCGCACGCCCGGCUCCCCGCAGUUCCGCACCCAGUACAUCCGGCGGCGCAGCCAGCUGCUGCGGGAGAACGCCAAGGCCGGGCACGACCCCGGCGCCCGCAAGCUGUACCUGCGGCUGCGCGCACAGCUCCUGGCGCAGCGCUACGGGCCCCUCUCCGAGCAGAGCAGCUUCCGCGCCUACAGCAACAGCAUCGUCCGCAGCAGCCGCACCACCCUGGACCGCAUGGAGGACUUUGAGGAUGAUGCCCGAGCGUUGGGGGCCCGUGGCCAUCGCCGCUCCGUCAGCCGCGGCUCCUACCAGCUGCAGGCGCAGAUGAACCGUGCGGCGUACGACGAGCGACCCCCUGGCAGCGUGGUGCCCACGUCGGUGGCGGAGGCCAGCCGGGCCAUGGCCGGGGACACGACGCUGAGCGAGAACUACGCCUUCGCCGGCAUGUACCACGUCUUCGACCAGCACGUCGACGAGGCCGUGCCCAAGGUGCAGUUUGCCAACGACGACAAGCACCUGCUGGCCUGCUGCUCGCUGGACGGCACCAUCUCGGUGUGCCAGCUGGCGCCCGCCCCGCCCGCCGUGCUGCGGGUGCUGCGGGGCCACAGCCGCGGCGUCUCCGACUUCGCCUGGUCCCUCUCCAACGACGUGCUGGUCUCCACCUCGCUGGACGGCACCAUGCGCAUCUGGGCCGCCGGCGAGGGCAAGUGCAUCCGCCAGAUCCCCGACCCCGACGGCGCCGAGCUGCUCUGCUGCGUCUUCCAGCCCAUGAACAACAACCUCACCGUGGUGGGGAACGGGAAGCACAACCUGCACGUGGUGAACAUCUCGACGGGGAAGAAGGUGAAGGGCGGGUCGAGCAAGCUGACGGGCCGGGUGCUGGCGCUCUCCUUCGACGCCCCCGGCCGCCUGCUCUGGGCCGGCGACGACCGCGGCAGCGUCUUCUCCUUCCUCUUCGACAUGGCCACGGGGAAGCUGACCAAGGCCAAGCGGCUGGUGGUGCAGGAGGGGAGCUCCAUCACCAGCAUCUCGGCCCGCUCCUGGGUCAGCCGGGAGGCCCGCGACCCCUCGCUGCUCAUCAACGCCUGCCUCAACAAGCUGCUCCUGUACCGGGUGGUGGACAACGAGGGGACCCUGCAGCUGAAGAGGAGUUUCCAGAUCCAGCAGGGCUCCCACCCCGUGCGCAGCAUCUUCUGCCCCCUCAUGUCCUUCCGCCAGGGGGCCUGCGUGGUGACAGGCAGCGAGGACAUGUGCGUCUACUUCUUCGACGUGGAGCGCGCCAGCCGGGCCAUCGUGAACAAGCUGCAGGGGCACAGCGCCGCCGUGCUGGGCGUCAGCUUCAACUGCGACGAGAGCCUGCUGGCCUCCAGCGACGCCAAGGGCAUGGUCAUCGUCUGGCGCCGCGAGCAGAAAUAGGGCUCCCGGCCCCCCGACCCACCCCCCG